GGACGGGCUUUCCAGGCCGAUCCAGACCUGGAUUUUGUUAUCGAUAACCAUACCUGUCGCUUCAACGGUAUAUCAUCCUGGAUUGAAUCGGCUCUACCGGGGCUGACAAAUUACCGUCACACCACGACAACACCAGAACUCGUGGCGGCCGUUGCAGCUUUGUCGGACAAAAAUCUUCUCUCUCUUUCUCUGCUCGCCCCUUUCUUUAAAAUUUACGGGUUGCCACUCCCUUAGUCUUCUUAUCGACACGUCAGAUCUCAGCAACCACAACGAGUGGUGGCGCUAUGGCGGACGAGAGCAAAGAUCAACAACAGCCGGCAGGUGGCGUGGUUGCGACCCCUGGUGCGCCCGCCCCUGCUGGAGGCUCUGCUGAGCCGCCCAAGAAGAUUCCCAGGGGAGUGGUUCUGGGCCCAGAUGGGAAGCCCUGUCGCAAUUGUACGUCGUUUGCAUCAUGGGCUGCCCAGACCAAGGAGACUAUCAAGGGGGACGCAACACGCGCCAAAGCGGUGACACAAGGUCCGCCGGCCGACUGCCCCCCGGACGUGGAAGUUUUGGGUCGGAGCACCUGGACUCUCCUACACUCGAUCGCGGCCACGUACCCAGAAAAGCCGUCGCAGGGCCAGAAGUCGGACCUGCUUAGCUUCGUGGGCCUUUUCUCGAAACUCUACCCGUGCUGGGUGUGCGCCGAGGACUUCCAGGGCUACCUACGCCGGGAUACGCCCAAGGUCGGCAGCCGGGAUGAGUUUGGCAAGUGGCUAUGCGGAGCUCACAACGAUGUAAACCGAAAGCUGGGCAAGCCGGAGUUUGAUUGCUCCAAAUGGGAGGAGAGAUGGCGGACAGGGUGGAAGGACGGCCGGUGCGACUGAACACCCACCCGGAAUCGGUG